AGGGACCUAAACCUUUCUUCUCGUGACGUAAAAAUAUAAACCAAUCAGGUGCCAGGAUUCUGUUUCACAACAGAAGGGGAGGACCAGUUACAAAACAUAUGCAGCAUGUGGCGCCAAUUGCGCCCCCCUUGUAAUUAUCAUGACCGUAAUAGUUGUCACUUGUGAGGUGCUCACGUCUCGCUUCUCUCAAACAAAUAUUCGUACCUGUCGUUGUAAAUGAACCAAAAUGGCGACUCUCCGAACAAAGCGCGAAGCUGUUGUGCUUGUGAAGGAAAUGACCCCUGAGAAUCUCGAGGUGACAGUGCGACGAUCAUCUAGAAACGGUCUUGCACCUAAGCGCCUCCAGUACUCUCCCGAACAUGAAACUCCCAAGAAAAGAAGGAAAACAAAAGCUGUCGCUGAAAAUGGUAGUCAGAGUAAGCAACCAAAAGAUGAGGAUGCUGAAAACAGUGACGUGGAGCAUGCACCUGAAGGGUAUGGGAGACUUUCUGCCUAUGAACUGGAGCGCCUGGAGAACAUCAGACAGAACCAAGCUUUUCUGUCUUCUAUCAACUUAUUCCAGGCCACUGAGGAGUUCAAGCAGCUGACUCGACCAAAGCCAUCACAGAGAGGUCUCACACGGACACAUGCUGCUGUAAAAGAAGUCGUGCCACCUCGCAAAUCACUGCGACUCCAAAAAAAAGAAGCCGAGAUCCUGGAGCUUCCUCCUGAACCGAGAGGGACACUUAUUUAUGAACAGUCUUCACCAGCAAAGAAGCCUUCUGGCCCUUUGCCCAUGGAUCCAGUGAAUGUGGAAGAAGGAAGCAAGCUGCCUCCACAACUUCUUGAGCUCUGCUCUGAGGAUGUAAAAGAAGAUAAAAAGAUACAGCUUGACGUAAAAGGGUACCAUUCGUCUCUGAAGAAUAUGAAGGUAAAUGAGGACAAAGUGGCCAAAGUGGUGAAGGAUCGCAUCUUCUCUGCAGCCUUCCACCCCUGCACCAGCAGCCUGUUGCUGGCUGCGGGCGACAAGUGGGGGAAAGUGGGACUCUGGAAGUUGGGUGGUGACUGGGGUGAUGAUGGUGUCCUGCUCUUUGAGCCCCACACCCGUCCAGUGGGCUGCAUGGCAUUCUCCAAGUCUCAUCCCACACAACUGCUGAGCCUCAGCUACGAUGGAUCCCUUCGCUGCAUGGACGUAGAGAAGGCUGUUUUUGAUGAUGUGUAUGAUAUUGAAGAUGGCCUGAAAACGUUUGACUUCAUGUCACAUGACUGUUCGACACUAGUGGUCGGGAACUGGUAUGGAGAGGUUGCCAUUGUUGACAGGCGCACCCCAGGAAACUCCCAUGAAUCCCUCCACACACUGGACCCCAAGACAUUGCGUUGUGUUAACGUCCACCCUUUACAGAAGCAGUACUUUGUGGUGGCUGAAAGCAAGGUAGUUAGUAUUUAUGACAGUCGAAACCUGAAGAAGACCAAAAGCCAGGCAGUGUCCCAGCUGCAUGGCCACUCUUUAAGCAUAUCCAGUGCUUAUUUCUCCCCUUGUACUGGAAACAGGGUUCUUACUUCCUGUAUGGAUAACAAUAUAAGGAUAUAUGACACAUCUACACUGACUACUAAAUCUCCCUUGCUGACAACCAUCAGACAUGACAUGCACACAGGUCGCUGGCUGACCAAACUAUCAGCUGUGUGGGACCCCAAACAGGAAGACUGCUUCGUGGUGGGGAGCAUGAUGAAGCCUAGGAGGGUGCAGGUGUUCCAUGAAAGCGGUCAACUCCAACAUUCCUUCAUGGACAGCGAGAAUCUCAGCACAGUCCUCUCUGUCACUGCUUUCCAUCCUACAAGGAAUGCCUUGCUGGGUGGAAAUGCAUCGGGACGCCUUCACGUCUUUUCUGACUAAAUUGAAGACCAAAAAAAUGUCUGAUCAGCCGGUCCUGGUUGGGUUCAGCAAGGUAGCAGGAACACAGUUUGGUAACAAUCUGGAUUUUCAGCCUAUGAACUUCUAACUAGACAAGUCUUCCAAUAUAGCAUCUUCAUUCUGUAUCUCACUAGAGCUUUAAAUACAUUACUAUUCUUAUACUAAAGCAAAGUAACACACCUGCAGCAGUGAAAUGAAUCAUAUCAAAUUGUGAGUCAUAUUCUUAGACUUGUUGCAGUAUAAACAUUGCAGUGAGGCAAUGCAGGAUCAUUAGCCAAGUAGCAGAAUUUUCUUCCUCACUGCUCACAAAAUACACAUUUAUAGCUACAUUAGAUUUAAAAAAGGGAUUAUCUUGUGCUUCCUCUCAUUUUACACUAUAUAAUAUUUAGAUUUGUUCCAGUUGAAACUUUCAUGCCAAACAGAAAUUUGGAAUGGAACUGGAUGUGGUCUUCUACUGUUGUAUCCACUUUGACUCAACAUGCUGUGUUGCUGUUUAAUGUGUUGUUUUAAGGUGCUGUUGUCAGUUUAAAGCAGCUUGGCUCUUCUCAGUUUUACUGUUAUUUUUUUCCCCCAUCCAGACAUUAUACUGCACACUGAAUGUCUGCCACAUGAUUGUCUCACUAAAUCUUUGCAUUAAUCUUAUUCAGUAAAGUGCAGGAAACAAAUGUAUUCUUUUCUCAAACCUACUGUAAGUCGAUGCUUCAGUUUCAUGAAGACUGAAUGAGCUCAACCUCUCAAAUGACAUGAAGCCUUAACUCCAGGAUAAGCCUGUUUUGAAACCACUCCUGUGUUUGCAAUUGUGUCCUUGUUGGAUGUCAGACAUUUUCCUCAUAUGGCUGCCUUUUUUUCUUCUUUCACUUAUUCUACCCAGUGUUUUUUUAAAACUGUCAGACUUGGAAAGAAGCAUGCACACAGCAUGGUGCUGCCGCUGCAAGACCUUGAUUGUUUUUCUUUUCCAUGGGCAGUAUUCAGAGAGUAGUCAUACAAGCUCAGUUUAAAGCUUGUGUGGCUGCUCUCUGGCACAUGUAGACCUGUGUUCUAUUAGUGCCUCCUGACUGUUUUUAGUGUCUUCAAAUAUCCAUUUUCUCCUCUGAAACCUUUUACUCUGACAGAUUCAUCAUGUUUGUCAUGUUUAUUUGGCAGGGUAACGACUAACCAACUGUUCAUCUAUUGUUGUUGACAGGUACAUUUCCAUGAUCACAGCCAGUUUUGACACAACUAGUGACAGAGAAACUUAAUGUCAUAUAUUGCCACAAGUUACAGUAGGUCAGUGUGUAGACUGGUUCAUUUUGAUAUUUGGAGUUUAUUUGGAUUUUCUUUAACAUAAAUAAGAGUCCAAUUUGAAAAAUUCAUGGUUUAUUAUUUUAUGUAAGGUUUAUGUGAUGUAAAUGUCAUUUCUGCACUGGGUCUCUGUCUGUCAGUGAAAGUGCUUUUGGAAAUGCCUGUUAUGUGUUAAUUUAAUUUGUUUUCCCAUUUGUAAAGUAAACAGAAUAAAUAGACAUUUUAUUACAAAA